CUUGAGUAUGCUGGACACCACGAUGACGUUUAAGAUAACGUAGAUCUGCUUGCACCAUGCUCAUUGGCAAUUUUGGUAUAAACCAUCGUUUUGCCUACUUUCAAGCUUUCGAUAUCUGCCAAUGCUGCCUGAAUUGAAGCCAUAUUGGCAGAGCUAUGGUGAUUUGAAAUUUGUCAAAAUAUCGGUAUAUAUCAAAAAAUCGGGCGUCGGGUGGGGCGGGGCGUCAGGUGAUAAGAUACGGUAAUUAGGCUGCCCGUAGUUCCGGAAGCUUGUCAGGCACCAGUGUUGAUUCUCUGCCCGCCAAUUCUGGCAUUCUCCACUCUCUAUCAUAGCAUGAACGGCCUGGACAGUUUAGUCUUAACCGCCUCUAGCUGUCUGCAUACCUACACGACUGUCGACCUUCACCCUGGAAAGCCAUGACCGACAUCGAGAACCAGGCUUUGGGGAAAGCCCCCGCAGCCUCAAGUCGUUGCCCACCCACCGCCCCAACAUCUCUAGGCCAAAUACAGCUAUUUUGGGAGCCAUCCUCCGAAUCAACUCCCCUUCUAGGUCACCAGGCCCUGAGCUCCUCUUGCUCACAGCAGCCCAGACAAAAGACACGCCGAAAUCGAUUGCCGGCCCUCACAUGCAUUGCUUUAUUCGCUACAGCCAUCCUGGCCGUUCUGGUCGCUGCUUUCGCCCUACCCGUCGUGGUGAAAGCAUAUGCCGAGCAAGCGUCCGUCUUCCACAUUCAGUCGCUCUCCUACGAACCGUCGGUGCCAGAAUGGGCGCGCGCCCGUAUCAAAGGGACCUUUAUCAUGGAUGCUGACCGAGUUGAGAACGCCGCCGUCCGCCGAUUGGGUCAACUUGCCACAUGGGUUGCGAGAGAGAUUGAGACACGGGAGUCAGGCACGCUGGAAAUCUACCAGCCCCUGUUCGGCCAUGUAGUCACGAUCACUGCGUCGCUGCCUCCCAUCAAGUUGAACGUUCGGGACGGCCACACGAAUCAUCUUAACUUUCUAUCCGACAUCAAGCAUCUGGCAGAAGAUAAGAGUGAGGACUUGUUUGAGGGGGUUGCCAAAAGGGCAGACAGCGGGAUACUGGCCAAGGCACAGGUGCAUCUGCGGUCGGGGUGGAUUGAUUUGGGCAGCCAGGAGUUCUACCUGACGGUGCAGUAUAAGGGUAAGUCAUAUCCAACGUUCUGAGCCGUCUUUUGUUGACAGAUACAGGAAAUUAUCCCCAAACACUGGUAGAAGCAGGAGUCACGGAUGUGGAGACUCGUGGGGUGAUAGGCCCUCCAAUGGAGUGAAUGGACAGCGUGUGUG